UCUCUCUCUAAAAUUUAGCUGAGAUCUAUUGAUCUCGCGAAUCGCGCAAAAACCUCCUCUUUCGAUCUCUUUAUUAGGGUUUCUGAUCUCAAACCACUUUGAGUUUUCGUUUCCUCUGUUCGAUAGGGGACAGAAAGAUUGGUUUUUUUAGGGUUUUUGGUUGAGGGCAUUUGGGUUUUUGGGUGGCAGGAGGGAUGGCGAACAUCGACAUAGCGGGGAUCGUGAAGGACCUGCCGAACGAUGGGCGGGUGCCGAAGACGAAGAUCGUGUGUACGCUGGGCCCCGCGUCGAGGACGGUCCCGAUGCUGGAGAAGUUGCUGAGGGCCGGAAUGAACGUGGCCAGGUUUAACUUUAGCCAUGGGAGCCACGAGUACCAUCAGGAGACGCUGGAUAAUCUCAGGAUCGCCAUGCAGAACACCCAGAUUCUCUGCGCCGUCAUGCUCGACACCAAGGGCCCAGAGAUUCGUACUGGCUUCCUGAAGGAUGGAAAACCUAUCCAACUGAAGGAGGGUCAAGAAAUUACAAUAAGCACUGAUUACAGCAUUAAGGGCGAUAAUAACAUGAUUUCCAUGAGUUACAAGAAGCUUCCUGUAGAUUUGAAACCUGGAAAUACCAUAUUGUGUGCAGAUGGUACCAUAACCCUUUCUGUCCUGUCAUGUGACCCAGAUGCUGGAACUGUGAGAUGCCGUUGUCAGAACACUGCUAUGUUAGGUGAGAGGAAGAACGUCAAUCUGCCAGGUAUUGUGGUGGAUCUCCCAACAUUGACGGAGAAAGAUAAAGAAGACGUCCUGGGAUGGGGGGUUCCCAACAAAAUUGAUAUGAUUGCACUGUCAUUUGUGCGCAAGGGGUCCGAUCUUGUUCAUGUUCGAGAAGUUCUUGGGCCUCAUGCAAAACGCAUAAAGUUAAUGUCAAAGGUCGAAAAUCAGGAGGGGGUGGUGAACUUUGAUGAUAUCUUGAGGGAGACUGAUUUCUUCAUGGUUGCUCGUGGUGAUCUUGGAAUGGAGAUACCAGUUGAGAAGAUUUUCCUUGCUCAGAAAAUGAUGAUUUACAAAUGCAACCUUGUGGGUAAGCCUGUUGUCACCGCCACUCAAAUGCUCGAAUCGAUGAUCAAGUCCCCUCGUCCAACACGUGCUGAAGCCACCGACGUUGCCAAUGCGGUUCUUGACGGCACCGACUGUGUCAUGCUCAGCGGCGAAAGUGCAGCUGGAGCCUACCCUGAGCUGGCAGUAAAAAUCAUGGCUCGGAUUUGUAUCGAGGCAGAGUCCUCCCUGGACUACGAUGCCAUCUUCAAGGAGAUGAUAAGGUCUGCUCCUCUUCCCAUGAGCCCAUUGGAGAGCCUGGCAUCCUCAGCUGUCCGCACAGCCAACAAGGCCAAGGCUGUGUUGAUUGUUGUCUUGACGCGUGGUGGGACCACCGCUAAGCUCGUGGCCAAGUAUCGACCUCGAGUUCCAAUCCUCUCGGUGGUGGUUCCGGUGCUGACAACGGAUUCAUUCGAUUGGACCGUCAGCGAUGAGAGCCCGGCAAGGCUGAGCCUUGUUCACAGGGGUCUUAUCCCACUGCUCGCGGAGGGUUCUGCCAAAGCUACUGAUUCAGAGUCCACAGAGGUGAUCCUGGGGGCUGCACUGAAGUCCGCCAUGCAGAAGAGGUUGUGCAAACCGGGCGAUUCUGUUGUUGCUCUGCACCGCAUUGGCGUCGCUUCCGUCAUAAAGAUCUGCAUUGUGAAAUGAAUGAUGGACGGAAGGAACAAAACUUUCCAUUUAUAAUGUUCUCGUUUUAAACUGCAGCUGGUGUUGUAGUGAUAAAAGUUUUCCCCAUGCUCAACCUGCAGUUUGCAGGGAAGAUCUUAUUAUGCAUAAUGAGCUGGGUGCUGGAGAGGAACUCCAUGUCAUGUAAGAGCAUUUUGUUGGUUGCUAUAUUUCUAAAUGGUCCAUGCUUUCAGUUGGGUACAAGCUAUUGAAAGUCAACUGCUUAUCUU